AGCCGGGUUAUCGUGGUUACUCAUGUCGCAAAUUUCUCUACUCUACAUAUUCUAAGAUAAGUUUACAUUUGUCUUUCAAAACAAUUAGAACGUUCACUGCAUUAUGAUAAUUUUCUCAAUAUUGUGAUAAUUAAUUUUUUAAAUUAACGAUGGCAUUCCGGAGGCUAUUGUGCUUAAACGAAACAGCUGGUAAAAGCUUAUUUAAUAAUGUUUCGUGUCAGAAAAUUAUUUCGGAAGUUCCUAAUUCAUUUAAAAGUAUUCGGAGUUUUAAAAGACUGAGAGAUACUCAUGAUAUCGUGCAUACGUCUGAGUUGACAGUCAAAAAUUUAUGGAAACCUCUAGGUUUUACAAUACUUUUUGGCAGUGCAGCUCAUCUUGGAGCAGCAAUAUGGGAAUACGAAAAAAUUCGGAGUUAUAAAUUGAAUUCCAUGAAAAAAAACAAUAUCAAUGAAAAAAUAAGAAGUUAUCUGCAGUCAGAAGGAGUUGUUCAAACGUGGAGAGGAAAAGCACAAUCAUGGUGGCGAAAUUUAUCCAACGGUGAACGGAUCUUUGUACCGAUUUGUUAUCUCAACGUAAUGGUAUUCUUAGCAUGGAGAGUGCCCGCGUUCAGAGCAACGAUGACCAAGUAUUUUUGCGCUAACCCAGCUUCUAGUGCGAUCUGUUGGCCGAUGGUUCUUUCAACGUUCUCACAUCACUCGUUGCUGCAUUUGGGUACCAAUAUGUAUGUAUUGCACAGCUUUAGCACAGCUGCCGUUGGUACUCUCGGUACUGAGCAGUUUGUAGCACUUUACUUAACCAGUGGAGUAUUGUCCAGCUUUGCGAGUCACCUUUUCAAAGUUGUGUUUCAACGACCGGGAUUGUCUCUCGGCGCAUCUGGUGCAAUCUUGGGAGUCGUUGCAUUUAUAUGCGCUCAGUAUCCUGACACACGAUUAGGUAUCGCAUUUCUUCCUAUGAUUACAUUUACAGCAGGAAAUGCAAUUAAAGGAUUAUUAGCAUUCGAUGUGAUUGGAUGUGUUAUGAGGUGGCGUUUUCUUGAUCACGCUGCUCAUUUAGGCGGAGCUAUGUGGGGCUUAUACUGGCAAAUGUGGGGAAACUCCCAAAUUUGGCAAAACCGGAAAUCUUUUUUAAACUUAUGGCACAGUUUUCGUGAUCCUCCACGAUCUCAUAGAUCAAAAUAAAAUAUUAAGAGCUUCUAUAUUUAUCCAAUAUUAGCAGAAUUUGAUUUUUUUAAACAAUAACUAAUAUUACUCUUAUAAAUACACUUCUAUUUUUAUUGACUGUACAAAUUAAUUUAGAUAAAAACGAUCAUCGAAUUUUUAUCGAAAUUACAUAUUUUGAAAAAAAAAAAUUAAAAUAAAUUCACAGAAAUA